AUGGCCGCCCGCAGCCCGUCGCCCGCCCCUCGGGGCCGCACCGACGAGAACAUCUUCCUCUUCGUCCCCAACCUCAUCGGCUACACGCGCGUCAUCCUCGGCGCCCUCGCCCUCACCUACAUGCCGACGCACCCCAAAUUCUGCACCUUUGCCUACUGCGUCUCGGCCCUCCUCGACGCCGUCGACGGCGUCGCCGCACGCGCCCUCGGCCAGACGAGCAAGUUUGGCGCCAUCUUGGACAUGGUGACCGACCGGUGCAUGCUGUCGUGCCUCCUGUGCUUCCUCGCGUCGGCGUACCCUCGCCUCGCCCUCAUCUUCAUGUUCCUCAUCUCGCUCGACUUUUCGUCGCACUACAUCCACAUGUACGCCUCGGUCGCGAGCGGCAGCACGAGCCACAAGAAGGUGACCAAGGAGCAGAGCUGGAUCCUGUGGUCCUACUACAACAACUCUACAACCCUGUUCAUCUUCUGCGCCGCCAACGAGCUCUUCUUUGUCGCCCUCUACGUCCUCAACUCGUACUCGGUCCCGCUCCUGUCGUCGUUGCCGUCGUCCUUCUCGCCCUACCUCGUGCGCCUCCCGAAGCCCGUCCUCAAGGCCCUCCUGCGCGUCUCGUGGCCCCACCUCGUCGCCAUCGUGUGCGCCCCGAUCUGCGCCGGCAAGCAGAUCAUCAACGGCGUCCAGUUUGUCAAGGCCGCAAAGCUCCUCGCGCGCAGCGACCAGGAGGAGCGCUUUGCCACGAGGCAGAAGAAGGCCUGA